UCACUGCCCUGUUCAUAACAGCCAUCAUUAUCGCCGUUUAUAACACGUUCGAGAAUAGAAAAUUGAAUAAAUAAGAGCAAAAAUAUCUAUCCUCGAAUUUUUGAGUUUUUCUAUCCCAAAAACCUGUAUGCAUCUCGCUUGUGCUGAAAACUCUCAUAAGUUGGCGGGCUGCUAGAAAGCAAUAUAUGAUUCUUUUCUUGAGCUUUCGAUGCUGUAACUUCGCUUUUCGGCUCAUCCUCUGAGUUCCUCAGGCCUUCAGCCACAUGCAUAGCGGAGGGCUCAAAACUAUUCCAAGCUUUUUUCUCAGUGUUUGGUUUUGAGGUGCUUAGCUCUCGGAGGACUUUUCGAGUUUUUUCACCAAAGCGGAGGGGCUCUUGAUUGCAAGGUUAGGUCCAAUGGUUAUGGUGAGGUUACUAUUCCUCCUGUUUUUCUGCCUGUGUAUUGCCACAGAAGUGGUGGCUAGAGCUGGAAAUACCAUUACAAACCAGACUAAAGUUCCUCCGAGGCCAAGCGUUGUGAGAAUCGGAGCACUGUUUACUUUCGAUUCGGUCAUUGGGAAAUCAGCUAAACCUGCAAUUUUAGCUGCCAUCGAUGAGGUUAAUAACGAUACGAGCAUUCUUCCUGCUACGAAAAUGGAAGUUAUUUUACAUGAUACAAACUGCAGCGGGUUUCUCGGCACAGUGGAAGCCCUGCAGUUGAUGGAGAAUGAUGUGGUUGCUGCUAUUGGUCCACAGUCAUCUGGGAUAGCUCAUGUCAUCUCUCAUGUUGUUAAUGAACUCCAUGUGCCUCUUUUGUCAUUUGGGGCUACAGACCCUACUCUUGCUUCUCUGCAGUACCCAUAUUUCGUCCGCACUACCCAGAAUGACUAUUUUCAGAUGAACGCAAUCGCAGACUUGGUUGACUACUUUGGUUGGAAGGAGGUGAUUGCUAUCUUUGUAGAUGAUGAUAAUGGAAGAAGUGGAAUAUCAGCUCUGGGUGACGCACUUGCGAAGAAGCGUGCCAAGAUCUCUUAUAAGGCUGCUUUCACUGCUGGAGCCCCUCCAAGUAAUAUCAGUGACUUGUUGAAUGGGGUAAACUUAAUGGAAUCACGGGUCUAUGUUCUCCAUGUGAACCCUGAUAGUGGUUUGUCCAUUUUUUCUAUUGCGGAGAAAAUUGGUAUGAUGGGCAAUGGUUAUGUCUGGAUUGCAACAGAUUGGCUUCCUUCAGUUCUAGAUGCAUCAGAACCAGCUGAUCCUGACACAAUGAAUCUCUUGCAAGGGGUUAUCGCCUUGCGCCAUCAUACUCCUGACACUGAUCUCAAGAAGAGGUUUAUCUCUAGGCUGAAAAACAGUAAAGACAAGGACACUAAAAGCUUUAAUUCCUUUGCAUUAUAUGCGUAUGAUUCAGUUUGGUUAGCAGCACGUGCUCUUGAUGCAUUUCUUAAUGAGGGUGGAAAUGUAUCUUUCAGUAGUGACCCCAGAUUGCAUGACACAAAUGGAAGCAUGUUGCAUUUAGCAUCACUUCGUACAUUUGAUAGUGGCCCACAGUUUCUCCAGAAAGUCUUGGCAACGAACUUCACCGGUGUAACUGGUCAAAUUCAGUUUGAUGGGGACAAGAAUUUAAUCCAUCCAGCAUAUGAUAUUCUAAACAUUGGUGGAACUAGCCGUAGAAUUGGUUAUUGGUCUAAUUACUCUGGCCUGUCAGUUGUAACACCUGAAACUUUAUAUACAAAACCGCCUAACAUGUCAUCUAGCAAUCAACAUCUUUACGGUGUGAUAUGGCCAGGAGAGACUACAGCAACACCCCGGGGAUGGGUGUUUCCCAACAAUGGAAAGCCACUGCGAAUAGCAGUACCAAACCGAAUAAGCUAUCUGGAGUUUGUUUCCAAAGACAAAGACACCCCGGGAGUAAAAGGUUAUUGCAUUGAUGUCUUUGAAGCAGCCUUAAACCUGCUACCAUAUCCCGUCCCACGACAAUAUAUAUUAUAUGGAGAUGGUCGCAGAAAUCCGAGCUACAAUGCACUUACAAAUUCAGUUGCUCAAAAUAAUUUUGAUGCAGCUGUUGGAGAUGUUACAAUUGUCACAAACAGAACAAGAAUUGUGGAUUUUACUCAACCUUUCAUGGAAUCAGGGUUGGUUGUAGUUGUUGCUGUUAAGGAGGAGAAGUCAAGCCCUUGGUCAUUUCUCAAGCCAUUCACUGCACAAAUGUGGUGUGUCACCGGUGCCUUCUUUCUCUUUGUGGGAGCUGUGGUAUGGAUCCUUGAGCACCGUCUCAAUCAUGAGUUUCGUGGCUCUCCAAGGAAACAACUCAUGACCGUUUUUUGGUUUAGCUUCUCAACAAUGUUUUUCUCACAUAAAGAAAACACUGUGAGCACUUUGGGGAGGUUGGUUUUGUUGAUAUGGCUUUUUGUGGUGUUAAUCAUCAAUUCAAGCUACACUGCUAGCUUGACAUCGAUCCUCACAGUAAAGCAACUAUCAUCACAGAUUGAAGGAAUUGAUAGCUUGAUUUCAAGUACUCAGCCUAUUGGAAUUCAAGAGGGGUCAUUUGCACGGAAGUAUCUGAUAAAUGAGCUGAAUGUAGCUGAAUCUAGGAUAGUGAUUUUGAAAAACCAGCAGGAUUAUAUUGACGCCCUUCAGCGUGGACCACGGGCUGGAGGUGUGGCGGCAAUUGUUGAUGAGCUUCCUUAUAUUGAGAUAUUAAUGUCUAAUACUAAGUGUAAAUUCAGAACUGUAGGUCAGGAGUUCACUAAGAGUGGAUGGGGAUUUGCAUUCCAAAGGGACUCUCCCCUUGCUGUGGACUUGUCAACCGCCAUUCUUCAACUCUCGGAGAACGGGGACUUGCAAAAGAUCCACGACAAAUGGCUCUCAAAAUUUACCUGUGCUGCAAAAGUGAAUGACGUUGAUUCAAACCAGCUCUCUCUCAACAGCUUCUGGGGCCUCUUUCUCAUGUGUGGGAUUGCAUGUUUCCUUGCUCUAGUUGUAUUCUCUAUCAGGGUGUUCUGUCAAUAUAUGAAAUUCAUCCCAGACAGCGAGGAGGCUGAAGAGCAUAUUGAGCCUGCCAGUGCCAGAUCCACCAGCUUCAAGAGCUUAAUUGAUUUUGUAGAUAAAAAGGAAGCCGAAAUAAAGGAGAUUUUGAGGAACAAGGGUAAGAAACGACGGCGCAGCCAGAGCUUAGACAGGAACUCCAAUUAUUCAAACAGCUAAGUUACUCUGUACAGUUUUUGUUGGCGUGAUCCUUAUAUGUAUAUUUUCCUUAAUUCAGCAUGAAACCGUGCUGCGAGAAUGUCAUUGACACCGCAAACUGUAAAGCACUAUAGGAUUUGCUUAAAGAAGCUUGAACUCAAGUUAGCCAUGAAGCUAUUCAAUUAUAUUAUUCAUGGAGCCAAUGAUGUGUUACUAUCCUGGAAAAA